UGUGGUCAGCUGACCCUUCUUCCUCCUCGCGGCGCUUCCUAUUUGUCAUUGGCAAGUCUAAAUUUGAUUGCUACUGUACUAUGUCACCAAUUUAAGGUGAAGUGAGCAAAAAAUAAAUCACAAUCAAUCUAAGAGAAUGUCUGCGAAGCCGACUUGUUUGAUUGUGUUGAGCGCCUCUCCGCAAGGGGUGUCAGCAAAGUCAUUCCAGCAGUGCUUCAAUCUUUGCUCUUCUGUGUUUAACCUCCAGACGGCCACGCCGGCGGGGAGGCCAAUAGAUUUUGUCGGUGUGGAUGACAGCACGUCAAGAUGGGUGCAGGACUUCAACAUGAAACCUUAUGCAACUCCUGCCAAACUUGAAUCCAUCGAUGGUGCUCGCUAUCAGUCUCUACUCAUUCCCGACUGCCCCGGAGCGCCCAGCGACCUGGCACACAGCGGCUCGCUGCACCGCAUUCUCUCACAUUUCAUCUCUCAGAAGAAGCCUGUGUGUGCAGUCGGACAGGGAGUAUCAGCAUUGUGUUGCGCCACGGAAGGAAACAGGUGGAUCUUCAACGGCUAUAGUUUGACAGGGCCAUCAGUGUUUGAACUGGUGCGGAGCCCAGACUUUGCCAACCUGCCUUUAAUCGUGGAAGACUUUGUGAAGGACAGCGGUGGCUCAUACACAGCAAGCCAAGAGGAUGUCGUGCACGUCGUCACCGACAGACACCUGAUAACUGGACAGAACAUGCAGUCUACCUGGCUUGCUGUCAACAAUUUAAUUCUGCUCUCUAGUGCCAAGUAAGAUUAGCUGUAUGACAGUUUCACGCCACUGUACAUUGGUACCUUGACCUCAGAGUUUAAUUUCUGUGACCAAACUCAGAUGAAUGCAAUUGAGUAUCAAAUCAAUUUCAUUAGUCAAGGUCUCAUUGUGAAGAUUUAUAUAGCACCUGUCAACAUUUUCAAAAUGUAUUAGCCAGUGAAGGAAUUGCUAUUGUAUUAUUCAAUCUGAAUACACACUGCUUGAUUUUUCCCGCGAAACAAACAUGAUUGAUUUAUUUGCAGUUAGGACACAGAAAACGGACCAAAAGUACCUUUUCUUUGUCACAAUGAAAAAUUAAAUCCCUUCAGUGGCUCAAUGGAAGAGUUCAUGUCACUUUCAAACCAACCAGACCUAAACAGCAAUUUAAGACUCUCUCAUGCAAAAAAAUAUGAGAAAUAUCAGGUGAAAAAUCUGUGUGCUGAUGACUCAAAAGAGGUCAUAGAAGUAGUCCAGACCCUGUCCCAGUUCCCAUAAGGAGAUGCCAGUCCCCAGUUUUUCCGCCACAGCAACCCUCAUGUGCACUGACUGGAAAGUCAAAGAACAUUCAUUUCAACUUUGAGCCAUAAACAUGAUUUGUAAUGACAUUAUUCAUCAUUUAAAACAUCAUUGAUCAUUCAGAAAGUGUUUUUUUCAACAACAGUGCAGUGCAGUUAAAUAAAGUUGUACCUUCAAUGA